AGAUAUAGUGUCGAUUUAUUCAUUGGUGGGAGUUGAUAAACGAGAUACGAAAUCGUUCACGAUAGUAUUUAAGAACUAUUCUUUCGAAUUAAUCUAUUACAUUUCUGUCGUUGCUGCUUACCGUCAUACAUAAACUGACAACUUAAAAAUGCCUUCCUACAAGUUGACUUAUUUCCCAGUAAAAGCUUUGGCAGAGCCAAUUCGUUUUCUCUUCAGCUAUGGUGGAGUUGAAUUUGAAGAUGUUCGUUUUGACAGAGAAGAUUGGCCCACUAAAAUUAAACCGACUACACCUUUUGGACAAGUACCCAUGUUGGAGGUUGAUGGAAAGAAAAUCAAUCAAUCUACUGCUAUCAGUCGUUACUUAGCUAAACAAUUUAAACUCACUGGAAAAGAUGACUGGCAAGAUUUAGAGAUCGACGCUACUGUCGAUACUAUUCAUGAUCUUCGUGCAAAAAUAGCUGCUCAUUUUUAUGAAACUAAUGCUGAAGUAAAAGCUGCAAAAUUGGAGGUAGCUAAGGAAGUAGUACCGUACAUUUUGGAACGUCUGGACGCUCAAGUAAAAAAGAACGGUGGUUACUUCGUUGGCGGUGCUUUGACUUGGGCAGAUCUUACUUUUGUUGCUCUAUUGGAUUAUUUGAACGGAAUGAUGAAAUCUAAUAUCAUUGAGAAAUAUGAUAAUCUCACAGCAUUGCAGGAUAAGGUUCUUAAUCUUCCAAAUAUCAAAAAAUGGGUUGAGAAGCGUCCUAAAUCUGAUUUCUAAAUUUAUUAACUUUCUCUUAUCAUAUAUAUAACGAAAUAAAACACCUGUGUAAUUUUUUAUAUUCAUAAUAGAGAAUUAAUAAUAUUUUAUUAAAUCCAAAUAUUGAUUGUUAUCCCUGUAAGAGAUAUUAUACAAAUAUGAUCAAAGUAUUUUCAGUACUGUCUUGUAUCUUCAUAGGUUGACGAAGUAGUUAAACCUAUUACAGUAUUCAUAAUUGGGAAAAAAAAAGCAUUUCCAAUAUAAUUUUGUAUAAUCAAUAAAGAGUUCAUUUUAUUAAUA